GUUGACCCGGAAGUAGUCGCUGUUCGCUGAGGCACGUUUUUCUCCUGGAGCAGCAUGGGAUCAGUGCUGCUGCUGGUCUGAGAUGUCUGUAGAGAUGGUGGAAGUCUCAGUGAAAGCAGCGCAGCCGGUCCGGCCGACCGGGAUCCUCCAACAGAACCGAGUCUUCCUCGACUUCUUCUGGGACGUGGCUAAACCGGAUCAGGAGGUCCGGCUGAAGGCGAUAGAAGACCUUAUCCAGUACCUGAAAACUAAUAACAAGGCAGAUGAGCUGGAAUACACCUUCAAGAGGCUGGUGGAUGGUCUGGCACACACACGUGAGGCUGCAAGACCUGGAUUCAGCCUGGCUCUGGGACAGGUGCUUGGUGCCUUUGAAGACGUCUCUCUGCAGAGUGUACUCGACAGAAUCAAAGAAAAGCACAAUUUGCAGACUGUGAAGAAGAAACUUUUCAGAAAUGCUUUGUUUGGAAACAUGUUCGGCGUCCUCGCCCUGCAGCAGUCCAGCCGCCUCCCUAAAGAACCGCAGGUGGUCUUGGGAUGUGUGCAGCUCCUCCAGAGCCUCAGCCAGCACAGACAACACGUGAAAGACUUGCCCACUAAGACCAUGAUGGACAUCCUCAGUGAGAUCCCAGAGGACGUGUUUGAAGAGGUCCUCUUUAGCGCCCUGCAGACCGACCUGGCAUCAGCGUUCAGUACUCCGGAGCAGCUGCAGCUGCUGUUGGUGGCUCUGCAGCGCUUCCCACAAACCCUCAAACCCAAGAAACUGAAGAAGCUGCUGGGCUCGACGACCAUCAUCAACGCUGACAACAUCCCAAAGUUGACAGAGGUGUUGAAAAUGGCAGCGCGCUCAGUGAAGAAGGAGUGUGUGCUCCCUGCGGUGGUCCUGGACCUCCUGAAGCUCUCUCUGAAGGAAGACAGCUUCAAGCUCUUCUGGAAUAACGCCAUCAUUAACGGCAUGUUUAAGGAGCCAGCGGGGCCCACUCAUUACCUGGGCUUCCGUCUGCUGGGAGCUGCUCUGCCUCAUCUGUCCGUAGAACAGCUGAAGGAGGUUUUGGGUGGAGAUGUGAUGAUGCACUACGGAGAGCACGUGGUGUCUGCUCAGAAACCAGACCGCUUCAAACUGGCCCCAGAGAUGGAUGUCUACGUGUCAGACUUCCUGCAGGGCUGUCAGGAUCCUGACAAACAGCUGGCGGCGAUGGUGAGCUUCUCCUCGCUGACCAACCAGGGUUACCCCGUGGUGCCGUCAGUGUGGAGGGUGGUGCAGCACCUUCAGCCUGCAGCUCUGCAGGACUACGUGGACUGGCUGAAGAAGAUGUUUCUACACCCUCAGCUGGACAAACUGCUGGACUUCAGCACCCGCAAGCAGAAGGACAACCAGGAAGGACAAAAAGAGAGCUCUAUUUUCCGUCUGAGGAAGUGGAUUGUCGCUCGCCUCACUUCCAUCGUAGACAACCACCAAGUGAAGAGGCAGGAGGAUCUCAUCAUGGGCGUGGCCAGAUUCGUCUUUUUCCACGCGUUCUUCAGCGCAAAGAAAGCCUCGGCAGACAUCCCCGAGACGGAGGGGAAGCUCUCUGCCCCUCUGGACGACAGGACCAGAGCGAUGCUCGUCAGUUCUUUCUUUGGUCUUCUUCUGUCCAUGCACCACCUCCCUGUGAACGAGGACUCAGCCGAGGGAGCGGCAAUUAACCACAAGCGGGCGCUGGGUGUAACCGCGGAUGGCACCAUGUGGAUCUACCACCUGGUCCAGUAUGCUCAAGUCCUGCUGAGCCAACCGAAACAGGUCCAGAGCAGCAAACCGUUCACCCCCGAGCAGAGACAGGCCUGGGACAGCAUGCUGGAGUCUGUGUCGAGCCUGAGGAAGAAGGCAAAGAAAGGCCCGACUGCAGAGAGCACCGCGUUCCAGCAGCUCUUCCUGUUGGUCGGCAUGCAUCUCUUUAAGGCCCCUGAAGAGCUGCUGGACAUCAUGAAGGACCUGCAGAGCUGCAUGGACAAAGCUCAGGAGAAGAAGGCCAAGAAGAAGAAGAAGAAGAAGCAAGCUACAGAGCAGCCAGAGGAGGAGGAGCCGGAGUGGGUGGAGGUCAUGGUGGACAUCUUGUUGUCCCUGCUGUCCCAGCCGAGCCGACUCAUCAGACAGGUCUGCAAGACGGUCUUCUCCUCCAUCUGCCCCCAUGUGACUGCUCCAGCUCUCACUGCCAUCCUCGAUGUCCUGGACCCAGAGAGAGAUGAAGAUGAUGGCGCUGUGGUCGUCACUGAUGACAACAAAACCCAGAAGAAGAAAACAGAUGAGGAUGAGGAUGAAGAUGAAGAGAUGGAGGAGGACGAGUCUGACGGAUCAGACGAUGAUGAAGACAAGGACGACGACGAUGAUGAUGAUGACGAUGAUGAUGAUGAAGCAAUGGAGGAUGAGGAGGAUGAGGGCAUGGCAGAGGCAGAGGUGGACCAAAGCUUCCGUUUGGAGCUGAUGAAGGUCCUGCAGCAGCAGAACGCUCUGGCCAAAGAGGAGGACGCCAGCAGUGAUGAAGACCUGGAUGAUGAUGCCAUGAUGAAGUUGGAUGAAGGUCUGGCUGCUUUAUUUACGGAGCAGAAGAAGAAGAAUCAGGCCAAGAAGGACGAAAAGGCAAAGCUACAGAAAGAGAAGAUGCUGGUCCGGGACUUUAAGAUCAAGGUGUUGGACCUGGUUGAGGUGUUCGUGGCCCGGCAGGCCGGCAGUCCUCUCGUGCUGGGUCUGGUGGAGCCUCUUCUUAACAUUAUCGACAGAGGGAUGAGCUCAGACAGCAACCAGCAGGAGCAGGACUUCCUCCGCAGAGCUGCAGAUAUCUUCAGAAACCAGCUGUGCAGGUCUAAGGUUUACUGCAGGACUGUUGAUGACAGACAGGGGGAGCUCCACGACCUGCUGGACAAACUGAUGACCAAAGCCCAGAAGCUGCCCGACUCCUCUGUCUGCCUUUAUUACUUCAGCGCGUCUCUGUACGUGGUGAAAGUGCUGCGAGGAGCUCCGCCUGCUGAGAACAAGGAGGACAACAAAGCUGCAGCAGCUGACCUGAAGUUCAUGGGUAACAUGGAUGUGGAUCGCGUCUCAGCUCUCUUCAGAGACGCUCUGAGCUCCUUCAUGGGCAAGAGGAAGAGUCCCCUGACCGCUCAGAUGUUCACAGACCUGUUCAGCAGAUUCCCCGCUCUGUGUGUGAACCUGUUGGACGCAGCAGUGCAGCACAUCACGUCUGGAGUCAGAGUGCAUCAACAGGGCCAAGCAUGUGUGCUGGUGCUGCGGGCGAUCCAGAGCAGGGAGGUCCAGCAGCUGCUGAGCGGCGAUCCUUGGACAGAGAUGUGUGUAAAGGUCGCAGGGCAGGUAGCAGCGAGUCUGCGGCAGGUCGGGCAGACGGACAGCAAAGUGGUGAAGGAGAAGGUGGUGAAGACUCUGGAGCUCUGUCAGUUCCUGGUCAAACAUGUUCAGCAGCAGAAGUUAUCCGUGGACCUGGAGCCUCUUAAGACCGUCCUGCAGUCUUUGACCAGCGCCAUUACAUUCAACAAGACUGGCAAGCUGGAGGACACGUACUGGGCUGUGAUGAAACACUUUGGAGUCAUGAAACCCAAAGUUGAAAAGACAAAAGCUGACAAGGAGGCCGACCAGCAGCAGCCGCAGCAGCCACCCAAGAAGAAGAAAGGUUUUCUGCCCGAAACAAAGAAGCGAAAAAAGCGCAACAAGCCUGUUUUAGAGCCAGCCGCCGCAGCAGACGACAACUCCACCUCCUCUAACAAAAGAGGAGCAGACAAAGGACAAGCCAAAAAGAAACAUGACAAGAAAUCUAAACAGAAACGACCGGCUGAUGGCACGGCGGCUUCUCAGCCAAACCCGGCCAAGAAGAGCAAGCCGCAGUCUGAGAGCACAACAGCCAACAAGAAGAAGAAGAAACCCAAACAGAAGAAACAGGCGGGAGGAAACAUGUAGAGUGGACACUGCUAUUUAAAUGUUUAUUCCUUUAAAAGAGGAGAGGAGGGUUUUUGUCUGUUCAUUUUCUACUUCUUGCAGUUUACUGGGCUGAUAGUUCGCUCCUGAUAACAUGUUCAAUUUGAGAAAGCUCAACAUUUACAACUUUACAACUUUAGAUGUGUGGGAAGUGAAUUCAGAUGAAUUAUUUUUCUAAUUUGUGAUGGCUAUUGAUUGGAAAGAGAUCACUGCUUCAAUAAAUCAUUUCUCUUUCUGUAAA